AUGCUUCAACAGCCGGAGCUACAAGAUAUAUUACUUUGCUCCGUGGACGCCCGAAAUCUUCAAUCAGUUGUCCCCAGUCGGCUGGCCCGAUCGGCACUUGCUAUAGCAAAAGCAAUGAUUGAUGAGGCGAGCCUUGCCCAGUCUCAAGGAUUAGGUUUACCUAGAGAAAGGCAAGACUUGGUGAACCUUCUAUAUCGGACAAGCCGAGGGGAUUGGUUUAUUCAAGGGGACUACCGCGAUCCGGACAGCCACCUAGAAUUUGGGCGACUUCACGAGGUCACGCGCACAAACGGAACUCAAAGAAGCGUACAGGAGAUCUUUGAGUGUUUCAGUGGACUCUCAUGGUUGCAGCGCAUACCGAUACUCCACCGAAAUCUCCCUUCAACCUCUGAGAUUCUAUGCACUGCAUAUACCGAUCUUCAAGUAGCUAUGGCUAUGGCUCGGGACGAACUUUUUUCCAUGGUGAUUGAUGAGCCAGUCUGGGGGCUGACGUUUGCAAAGGUCUCAAAAGGCGUUGGCUUCUGUACCAUCGGUGCAGGUGGUGCAGAUUGCCCCAUGUUCCGGAUGAUGGACGCUCUUUGCGGAAGAGUAGACAAUGUCAACCAAGCUGCUCUCCUUCAAGAGCUUGACUUUCGCUCGCGCUUCUUUCCUCCAACCAUCCGCGCCCUGAUUAAUGAUUUAGCGACUGCUCCAUCAAUUAGGCACUUUAUAAACUCGGGAGAGGCUAACUACGAACUCGCGCAAGCUUUUAAAGCUAUGGAACAAAUCCGCUACGACCUUUACGAGAUGCACCGCAAGAAGGCUAUGCGUAUCGCUUUGGCCCUCCGAGCUGGUCAACAGGCUACAUCUUCGGGAACACAGAAUGCUUCAUCGCCAGAAAAGCACAUUGCUAUGACAUUGAGUGCCGCCAUUGGUGUGCGAUUUGGACAAGACGCAACCAAUCCUCAGGUGGAUGCAUUUGCCUGGUCAUCGCCUCUACUACGCAGCGAGGGUGGUCAGGUACAAGCAGCCCGAAUUCAGCUUGUGUUUUCUACCCCACUUGCUGUUAGUCCUGGAGAUAGUUUGAAUAUUGCGGUUGAAGUUAAGCAAGGGGAAUGGCAUGUCCGCACAUACUCCAUCACUCAUGCAUUCGCCCGACGAAAGACUUCUAAGACGAAAGGCCAAGUAUGCCAGGCUGUGGGCUCCGUUGAGAUCUGCGUAAGGAACAAGGGAGAAGUCUCGUCUUUUCUGUGCAACCAAGAAACCGGGUUUCCAGUACGAGUCAUGAUUAAACCGGCCCCCCACUUCCGCAUUGCCGGUAACAGUUCGCCAGACGAGCAGACUUUGUUCAUUGCCCAGGGCGGUGCGGUUGGUGUUUUUCUGGCGUGGCUCUCAUGGCAAGAUCAGCUCGUGGGAACUUAUAAGCUUAUUGUUGGCGCUCGCGACUACAAUAUGCUUGCUUAUGCCAGCCAACUUCAAAAGAUCUCAAGCUCCUUCAGCAACCAUUUGAAGGUUCUCGUUGCACUCUCUAAGCCUGCACCCGGGGAUAUCCGGAAACUCGUUUCGGGGAGGCUGAAGGCUUUUACAGGGAGAGUCACCACUCAUCUCGAUUUCGCCCUUUCGAGCAACCCCACAACUACGUAUGUGUGUGGCUCUUCAUCCUUUGCACUUGGCGUCGUCCAUUGCCUCUCCAAGAGCAUUACUAGGACAGAGGUUGCUAAGCCAUCGAGACUUCGCCCAAUAGUAACCUCUAGACUACCCAAUCUGAGGCUACACGUCGCUGCCUCCGUCGAAAGACCUUUGGAUAAACCUCUUCUGCGGCCGAUUACGAUGGCAGAACUGACACUACACAACUCACCAGGAGAUCUUUGGAUUGCUCUUGGAGACCUGGUUUAUGAUAUCACUGCGGUCCCCCGCUUCCACCCCGGUGGAGAAAAGGUCCUGAUUUACCGUGCAGGGCGUCAGGCUCAAGAUGUUUUCGAAACAGUGCACGAUGGCUGCUACAUGACCAACUCGUUGCUGAACGAGAUGGUAAUUGGCCGUUUAGUUUCGUCAGGGGAAGGAUUCCAGGAGUGGGAAGACUUGCUUGACAAGAUUGUUGAAAUUCAGAAUGACUUGACCAACCAUAGUCGUUUCGAGCAGACACCCACUGGUUACAGUCGCCAAUUAAGUCAAUCUCCUCCUGUAGAGGUUCUUCGAGCAUCGAUGGACUGUUUCACCAAAGGGUGGGCUUCACUUUUGAAUCGAGUCGGCGCCGAUGACAUGGAAAGGUGCCGUCUCCGCUCAACCUACGAAAAGACAAACUCGGCGCUUCAUACACAUCUGAGACAAGUGUAUGAUAUGGACUUCGAUCGCGUUCAUCGUUACGCAGAGGCUUUGCGCAAGGUUUUCGACGCACAUGCUCUCACAACGGGCAGAAUUCACGGCGUUAUAGAUGAGAUAAAGAGGCACAUCGUUGACUGUCUGUAUCAACGAAAACAGCCACAGCUUUCAAUACUUGAUAAUUCUACAGCAAGCAUUGUUUUAUCAAUGGAAGAGACUGUGAAAUACUACUAA